UCCUUGAUCCAGAUACACACGCGAUCGCCGCCUUCUCCACCAAAACCCUAACGCCGCCGCGCCCUCCCCGUCGCCGCGCUUCCGCUAGACAGGGAUCGCCGCCAUGCCGAUCUCCUCCACCCUCUCGGCGCGCCUCGGCCCCGGUCCGGCACCGUCGCCGUCGCCCUCCCCCGCGCCCGCGCCCGCGCGGUGGAGCCCCUACGCCCGCCCCUCCGAACCCCGCGGGGACGGCGCCAAGGCCAGCCGCCCCGCUAUCCGCCUUGACCCCGCGACGGCGAGGCUCCUCGGCCCCGCGCGCAAGGCUCCACCAGGCCGCAGAUCGAGUUACGCCGCGGAGGCCCCCGCCCCGACACGACGGCGGCUUGCAGACGAGAAGUCGGAUCCGAAGCCGGCGGAGACGAAUCGGAAGCCGAACCAGGAGCCGCGCGUACUGGAGAGCUGCGGCGGUUUCGCUUUCCUCUGCGCCCUCGCUGGUCAUACGGAGGCUAUCACUGGCAUCUCUAUGCCGACUGGUUCUGACAAGCUAUACUCCGGCAGCGCCGAUGGCACAGUUCGCCUAUGGGACUCCAACUCUGGCAAGUGCGUUGAUAUCAUCAAGAUGAGAGGCAAGAUCAGCUGCAUGAUUACUCAGGACAAGUGGGUUUUGUUUGGAAUCCCAAAAUCAGUGGAGGCAUGGAACAUACAGACAGGGAUGAAACUAAGUCUCCAGGGACCUUCUGGGCUUGUUUGUUCUAUGACUAUCAAAGAUGAAAUGCUAUUUGCUGGCACGGGGGAUGGUCGCAUCAUGGCUUGGGAAUUUCCUGCUAAGGAGAACAACUUGGGACCAGUGGCAAUCCUCAGUGGCCAUGAGCGUCAAGUGAUUUCACUUUCUGUCUCAGCAACAAGACUUUACUCUGGCUCACUUGACAAGACAAUCAGAGUAUGGGACCUUAAAACUCUCCAGUGUGUUCAAACACUCUCUGAGCAUAAAGCUGCUGUUACUUCGGUGCUUUGUUGGGAUCAGAAAUUAUUAUCAUGCUCCCUGGACAAAACCAUAAAGGUCUGGUCUGCUUCAGAGUCUGGAAACCUUCAAGUCACGCAUACCCAUUCUGAGGAGCAUGGAUUGCGCACCCUCUUCGGCAUGCAUCGCGUGGGAAAGAUGCCAGUUUUGUUCUGUUCCUUACACAACAGCAACUGCAUCCGCCUGUUUGACCUGCCAUCGUUUAACGAGAGGGGCAAGCUUUCCUCCAAGAAAGAAGUGAAGACCAUCGAGCUCGCUGCUGGUGGGCUGCUCUUCACUGGAGAUGGUGCUGGCGAGCUGAAGGUUUGGGUAUGGGCGCCCCAAAACGAGGUGCCCCAAACACCGGCGCUAACUUAAACAUCAGCCGAAGAGCAACUACUCUUCUCAUGAUGGAUGAGCUAUGCUCCAUCGCUCUAUCGAUGUAAAUUAUCACAGGCUUCACAGCUCUGUAAUGUCAUAAUGUAAAUAAGAGCAGCCUAGGCCAUCUCCAAGGCCUCUUGAGUAGUAAAUGAUUCUUUGCACUUUUCCACAA